UGCCAGUGAUAAAAAAUCCCGUGCACCUUUCGUCGAAACGCGUUAGUCACUUGUAGAAAUUUUCGUAGCAGGCUAUGUCGUUGGGCAACGCAGGGCGAAUUGCUGUUUGUUGGACUGUUCUGACCGUGGGUGGCGUGUACGCUUUUGUGCUGUCAAAGCAAUCCGUUGAGAACCGGCGUUACGAGAGCAUGCGAGUUCGUGAGCGCAUGAGGAAGGCAAACCAGGGCGAUUACGACUCAACCGCAGCAUCGGACAGGCGAUUCGACUACUAA